AUGACCAAUAUCGCACCCCAACCGAGCAAUCCAAGCCAAUGGCAAGAGUGGUAUGCCACGCUGGACGAUGUGCUCGAUAUUCCCCUGCAAGCAGCAGACUAUGUGAACGAAAGUUCGAAACUUGCCACCCACCGAGGCAUUCUCCUUGAUGCACCCACUGUCCUCGAUUUUUCGAUGCACAACCUGUACAUCUAUGCUGAUGUUCUUGUCUUCCCGGCGAGCGAAAUCACAAUUUCUCCUGCUGCAAGCGGUAUUGUGCAGAUCCUAGCCCGAGUUCUCACUGCUGCGGCUCCAAUCACUCUAUUGAUUCCCCCUGGUGAUGCGGCCACAUGUGCAAUCUCGAUCUAUGCGCCAGUUUUAGACCAGCCGAUAUCAGUCCGCACGGGUGAUUCUAAGCCGAUAACUCUGGAACUCGGCCCAACGACAGCCAACGUUGGUGUUAUCCUAACCUUUUCUGGCGGAGAGGUGACGGCCGACUACCAGAAAAGAUACCCUACAGAUAAUCACCCCGAACUGCAGGCCAGUCUAGAGACUGAAUUGCGCAAUGCUCUAUCUGGGUUUUGGAAAAAUAGUUCGGUUGGCAUUUCAAUCUGCGCCUAUGUUGCAGCUAUCACUCACAAUCAGAAGGCCUAUUCAAUGCUGAAUACUCAGGCCGCGGCGUUGGGUCAGCAACUCGCAGGGCGAGCAAUUGCUGGUCCAAAUAUGAGCUACGCACCUACAUUGCCUCUUGACACAUACGAGAAGACUGCAAAGUUAGCAUUAGCUGCCGCAUCUGAAUUUGACGAAGAAUACCGAAACUUCCAGGACAAGGCGGAGUCGCUGGAAAUUCAGAUCCAGGCGUGGAAGGUUAUGCUAUCUCAAGCCAUUGCCAAUCAAACCAUGCGGAUCAACUUGCGUGACUCGGCAUUUGACAAAUAUCAGUCAGCUGCCAAGUCUGCAGCCUCUUGUGAGACGCAGUUCCGGUAUGAGAAUGAUGCCGUGAAGAGCGCCGAGAUACAAUUUCAACUUGGAAUUGCGGAAUGGGAGUUCAAUCAGGAGCUUAAAGCUGUAUUUGAGAUAUUCAAGGCUGUUAUCACUUUUGCAGUCAAUAUCGGCGAGCUGUGUAUCGGAGACCCUGCUGCAGCUGGCGGAGCAGAGAAAGCCGUGGAUGGCGCCGUUGAGGCUGUUGAGGAAGCAGAAAAGAUUACCGGCCAGAUCGAAAAGAUCAUAUCAUCGAUAACAUUGGAGAAUCUGGGAAAAGCUGCAAAGGCUCUAUACAAAUUGUAUCCGUCGGUGGUCCAGGUUGUGGAUGCGGUAAAGGCUCUCGAGUCCAAUUCCGACACCGAGAUCCCUUCCAUGGGGGAUAUAUCUGGCACGACAGAGGGUGACGCUGAUUCUGCUGCUAUUGUGACACUAGCGGCAUGGGAUGUAUGGAUUCUCGAAUCAGAUCACCAGAUGGAGUUUGCGGUGAAGAAUGAGAUUGGGGGUGCCAGUGAGUAUCAGCUUGCAUUGCGGAAGCAUGCGAUCAAUGGAAAGCAACUGGCCCAGACCCAGGCUGAAGCUAUCAAGGCUGGGUAUGAAUAUGUCCAGGCUCAAAUGGAAGUCAUUGUCUGCGCAAAGCAGGUCAAUGAUCUUCAGGGCUUGAUAGAUGAGUAUACGGGGCAGGAGGAUAUCUACCUACAAGCUAAAGUUCAGUUAUAUGAUCGGCUAAUGGCACUUCGAACGGGUGUUGUGAUUGAACUGCAGAACAUGGUUUGGGCAUAUCGAUACUGGGCGCUCGCAGAGAGUACUCUAGUCCUCGAUAUCAUGAAGUCAGUCGACGAGUACAACAGCGAUCUGUACACCAUUGCACUUGCCAUGGAGACAAUCGACGGACAAUACGGCAGUGAUUACCAAGACUUUGGGUACGAUCACAAGUCCGAAUACCUUCCCUUGGACUUUGGCUCUUUGCUGCUCGAGGGCCUCACUAGUGAAAGGCACACCGGUAGCUUUACCCUCGCACCGGAAGAAGCCUUAGCCGGUCAAUUCGUUGAGGGCUCCCACUACCGACUGAGUAGCUUAGACCUGACUCUCAUCGGAGCACGCCCCAAAAGCGAAUUUCUGGAAGACGGUGUAGUGAAGGUUUCUUUGGAGAUCACCACAUCGGGAAUAUACAGCGAUAUCAACAAGGAUCAGGUCUUUCACUUUGCCAGCGUCCCCUCACUCGUUCGUUGUUCUUAUCAGCUGAAUGAAGAGGGCGACAGAGGGUUGACAUUGGAAUAUCCUGUUUUCAAAACCGAAAACCAUGCCGAGCCCACACCUUUUACACAGUGGCAGAUAAAGCUAUUGCAUCCUGAGAGGGUUGAUUUGAGUGGAUUGACAGGGAUUAAUUUGAAUUGGAAAGGCCACGUUCGUUUUGAUCCGACGAGACGAUCUAAAGAAAUAUCGAUGGAGGCUUGA